CUUCCAUUCCCUUCCUUUCUUCCUUGUCAGAUUUCCUCCAAAUCAGUUUCUCCAGAUUUCAAUAACCCAGCACCACCAUUUAUAUUAUAAGCCAAUAAACAAAAAGCCAAAUCCAAAACCCGCGUCUUCUUCGCUUUUGGCUCCAUUAUAUACUCCGCCAGAUUGGUUUUUGGGUUCAGAAGAACCAAAGAUCAAGAGCCCAUCAAACUCUUUGUGAUUAUGGGAUCGUCGUCUGCUCAGCUCCGGCUCAUGUCCGAUCUCAAAACCAUCAUUAACGAGCCCCCGGAGGGUUGCAGCGCUAGUCCUAUGUCUGAUGAUAACUUGUUUGUGUGGAGCGCGACUAUAUUUGGACCUGAUGAGACUCCUUGGGAAGGUGGUGUGUUCAGUUUGCGGUUGACGUUUAGUGAGCGGUACCCAGAAAAGCCGCCGCGUGUUCGGUUCACGUCCGAGAUGUUCCAUCCGAAUGUUUACCAUGACGGCGCACUGUGCAUGGAUAUAAUUCAGGAUGCAUGGUCACCUUGCCACAACGUAUCGACAAUUUUAACUUCUGUUCAAUCUCUUCUCACUGAUCCAAAUCCUACAAGUCCUGCAAAUCCUGAGGCUGCUCAACUGUAUCAGCAUGACAUAAAAGCUUACAACAAGAGGGUACGCCGAUGUGCUCGUGAUUCCAUCGAGUCCUAGUACCUGUUUGCAGUUUGAUCUGAUAUUUUAAAACUCCUACUUAGGAGAAGGCUUUAGUUUGGCUUUGUCUCAAUCUGCAGCUACUGUAUCUCCCACUUCUGAAAUGUAAUCACGUAGACAAGUUAUGUCAAUAUUACAGAGAAACAUGAUUCGAUUUCAUUUGUGGAACUCAAAAGAGUUCCAAAGAUAAUAAUGCAAUCUCUAAUCUUGGAGUACCGGGAAAGUAUAUUUCUUAUACAUCAUAACCGGAUCAA